AUGACUGAGUGCAUCCCGGGCCACUACAGGAGGCUUACCAAAAUACAGUUGGAUCAUGGGCUUAUUACUGCCCUUUUAGAGCGAUGGAGGCCUGGGGUCUACGCUUUCCACAUGCCCUUCGGUGAGGUUGGAAUAACUCUUCAAGAUGUAGAAGUGUUAUUCGGCCUUAAGGUCGAUGGACUUUUGGUGACGGGUGAGGAUACAAUUGGCACUACGGCAGAAGUAAAGUUAAUGUGCCUUGAGUUGCUGGGAUUUGAGCUUGCCAAUCAGUUCCUGUCAACGACCAUGAUUCACGGGUCAGUUGUCCCGGACGUUCAGGCUCUUCAUGCGGAGAGCGGAGACGAAGAAGUUGGUUUGUCGGCACUCUUGGUUAUCAAUGCCUACGCACACUAUCUUAGCCUUCGCGAUCAAUUAGAUCGCCUAGCUGAACAUAGAUUUAUUUUUACCCCUUACGAUGACUAUCUCGAUGCCUUGCCCCCAUAUUGCAAAGCGGGGAGGACUUUGUGGACUGCCCGUAUUCCGCUUAUUUUUUACCACGUGGUGGAAUAUCACCAGCCUGACCGGUUCUGCAAGCAAUUCAAUGGUUUGCAGGUUGUGCCAGUAGACGUGGUAUACGACCAACGGUUGCACGAUAUGGACCAACGGGGUAAGUCUGGUACUAAUUGGUCACAAAAACACGCAGAGCACGUGGCUCGUUGGAAUGCUUGGUAUGAUUUGGUUAUCAACAUGCAAAGAACUGAUCGACCGCAGGUGGUGGAUGGGUACCGCACAUGGUACUACAUGCACGGUCGACGUCUUAUUGGUAACCCAACGCAUUAUAGUAACCAGGGAUUUGUGCAGUGUGCAGCAUCACUGAACGAUGCGAUGCAUGCUUUCAACCGGUUGAUGCUAGAUUCCGGGCAAGUCCUCGACAAUCCUGACGCCGAUCGCGAUGCAUACAUUAGGGAUGUUCAGCAGCGGAGUCCUGAUAUGUUGAUCAAUACUGAGUACGAGUUCCUAUUGCACGUGACGUCGCAGCAAAACUUUGGGGCCCCGAUGCCGGAUGAACCAUUUGGCCCUCCCCAAAAAUUUAUUUUAUAACUCGUACCACAAUGGUCUGAAUUAAAAUUUAUGUUUUUCAAAAAGUAAAACUCGGACCGUUAGGGUCCGAGUUUUACAUAUAAUUUAUUUAUUUAUUUAU